GAAAACCCUGGUCUCGAUCGCGCGCGAGCAAGACAUUCGAAACCUCCGACCCGCCGGCCACUCACGAUGCUCUUGCACUCCUCAUCGGCGGCUUGCUUAUCCUCUCUCGGCGAUCACCGGAGCUACUCGAAUCACUCCGCCUCGGCGACCCUCUUCUUGAACUUCAAUCGGAGGUCUUUCCCUUUGCCCGCUCUAAAGCUCCGUAUGAGUUCCGCCCCUGCACGCUCUUCUCAAAUUCGUGCUUUGACUAUAUCAUCUGAGAGGAAGGAUGAUUUGCCAAUGCAUGUGGUUACUGGCACAAAAGUUGGUGUAUUGGGAGGAGGUCAGUUAGGUAAAAUGUUGUGCCAGGCUGCAUCGUGCAUGUCUAUCAAGGUGCUUACUUUAGACCCUCUUGAAAAUUGCCCUGCCAGUGGCAUAUCCUAUUGUCAUGUUGUUGGAGACUUUAAUGAUGGUGAGGCCGUUCGUGAUUUUGCAAAAAGAUGUGAUGUGGUGACUGUGGAAAUUGAACAUGUAGAUGCUGUUAUGUUGGAGAAACUAGAGCAACAGGGAAUAGAUUGCCAACCGAAAGCUUCUACAAUAAGAAUAAUUCAAGACAAAUAUCUUCAAAAGGUUCAUUUUUCACGGCAUGGGAUUCCACUACCCGAUUUUUUUGAGAUAGAUAACAUUGAAAGUGCUGAGAAGGCUGGGAGCUUGUAUGGCUAUCCUCUGAUGAUCAAAUGUAAGAGACUAGCUUAUGAUGGCCGUGGCAAUGCCGUUGCUCAUAGCAAAGAUGAGCUUUCUUCUGCUCUUACUGCAUUGGGGGGCUUUGGCCGGGGCCUAUAUGUUGAGAGGUGGACUCCAUUUGUGAAGGAGUUGUCAGUCAUUGUAGCGAGGGGCCGAGAUGGUUGUAUUUCAUGCUAUCCUGUGGUUGAGACUAUCCACAAAAACAACAUCUGCCACAUUGUGGAAGCUCCUGCUGAUGUGUCUCAAAAAAUAAAGGAGCUUUCCCUUGAUGUUGCUCAAAAAGCUGUCGGUUCAUUAGAGGGGGCAGGUGUAUUUGCUGUUGAAUUAUUUUUGACAGGAGAUGGGCAGGUUUUGCUGAAUGAAGUUGCCCCCAGACCUCAUAAUAGUGGACAUCACACAAUUGAGUCUUGUUAUACUUCUCAGUAUGAGCAACAUCUACGUGCUGUUUUGGGUUUGCCACUUGGUGAUUCAUCAAUGAAAACACCAGCUGCAAUCAUGUAUAACAUAUUGGGUGAAGAUGAGGGAGAGCCAGGGCUCAAGUUAGCUCAUGACCUCAUUGGAAGAGCUUUAAAAGUUCCUGGAGCUUCCAUUCAUUGGUAUGAUAAGUCAGAUAUGCGGAAGCUACGAAAGAUGGGUCAUAUAACAAUCACAGGAUCUUCCAUGAACAUUGUGAAAUCACGCCUAAACUCCAUGCUGAACAAUGAUCAGAGCCAAACUGCAGUCAUUCCUCAAGUUGCCAUAAUCAUGGGCUCUGAUUCAGACCUUCCUAUAAUGAAGGAUGCAGCAGUGGUCCUGAAGAACUUUGAUGUGCCAUUUGAGGUAACUAUUGUUUCGGCACACCGGACACCUGAUAGGAUGUACUCUUUUGCUUCAGCUGCAAAGGACAGGGGAAUUCAAGUCAUCAUUGCUGGUGCUGGUGGUGCAGCACAUUUGCCAGGUAUGGUGGCCUCAUUGACCUCUUUGCCUGUAAUUGGCAUCCCCAUUAGAACUGCUUCACUUGAUGGGGUUGAUUCCCUCUUAUCCAUUGUCCAGAUGCCGAAAGGAAUCCCAGUGGCCACCGUUGCGAUCGGCAAUGCAGCCAAUGCAGCCUUAUUAGCAGUUAGGAUUUUGGCGAAUGGAGAUGCUAAGUUAUGGGACAGAGUUGUAAAAUACCAAGAAGACAUGAAAGAGACUGUACUUACAAAAGCAGAGAAAAUUGAGCAUGAAGGCUGGGAAGAAUAUUUAAAAUCUUAACCUCAACCUGCUUAUCAAGGUUCAAGGAUGAGGAAGAAUUGAAAACCAGGCUGAUCCAGAAGGGCAUCAACAAUGGCCCUGCGUUUAAUUAUAAAGUUCUUUUUCUGUUUAUGAGUUAUCAAUAAUGCUGAUAUUGACAAAUCAUCCUCAUAUGCUUCUUUCUUACCAUCUGACUUUUUUUUCAGUUAAAAGCUGACUGCUGCUGUUGUAAAAUAGGUGUCAAACUUUGUCAUUCUAUAUAUUAUUAGAAAGAUGAUCUCCGGACCUUGACACAA